AUGAGGCUCACCAACAAGACGGCCAUCGCCGCUGCCCUGGCCCUCAAUGUGGCCGAGGUUUGGGCCGCCACGGCCUUGUACUGCCCCGAGGCCGAGGUAUGCUUCCGCUGGGGAGUGCCAGAGGCCGCCGCCAAGUCGGGCUCCGGCAACGUCUACUUCCAGCUCCGAGCCCCCGCCAACUACUCCUGGAUUGGCCUCGGGACAGGAUCCAAAAUGCAAGGCUCCGACAUGUUCGUCAUGUACGCCAACGGUAUGAACAACGUGACGCUCAGCACGAGAUCCGGCACGGGCCAUACCAUGCCGCAGCACGUGGAACGAAACGACGUCCAGCUCGUCGAGGGCUCGGGCAUCAGCAACGGCCAGAUGGUGGCCAACAUCCAGUGCAAUGGAUGCAGCAAGCUCGACCUCUCGGGCUCUUCGGGCUGGAUAGCCGCCUGGGCCCAAGGCAGCCCCCUGAACUCCAACAGCCUGACGCAGCGAAUCUCCAAACACGACGGCUUCGACAGCUUCUCGGUGGACCUCUCCAAAGCCACCGUCAAGUCGGACCAGAAUCCCUUCGCAGGCCCCGCCGCCGCAACCAGCGGCGGCGACAUGGACGCCGUGUCGGGAGGGAAUAGGGGCAGCUCGGGCAAGAGCUUGGGAAACAUCCACGGCAUCCUCAUGGCCGUCGUCUUCCUCAUCGGGUAUCCGCUCGGGUCCACGCUCAUGCCCCUGGUCGGCAACUGGAUCCUGCACGCCAGCUGGCAGAUGCUCGUCUUUGUGGGCAUGUGGGCGGGCUUUGGCAUUGGAUAUGUCAUCUCUCGGCGUGAAGGUUACCUGGGCGUCAUCUUGUGCGCCCUGCUUGGCUUGCAGCCCGCCUUUGGAUCGCUGCAUCACCUAUACUUUGUCAAGCACCGGGAGCGCGGCGUCAUCAGCCACGUGCACAUCUGGUAUGGCCGUGGGCUCAUGCUCCUCGGCAUCAUCAACGGCGGCCUGGGCUUGAAGCUCGGGGGGUCGUCUCGCGGCUUCGUCACGGCGUACAGCGUCAUAGCCGUCAUCGUCAGCUUGAUGUACAUCGGCUCGAUCCUGUUUCGCAUGUCGAGGAGCAAGCAACGUCGCUUCAACGGCGGGCCCAAGUUCCGGGUCAACUCGAUCUGA